UCUGACCCGGAAGGGGCGCGGGGAAAGAGGCUGUGCGCCUUUUGGUUAACGAGCUUCGGGGGUUGCGGCGGGUUGGUGACAGGCGCGCGCCUAGCGAUCGCCUGUGCCGCUUUGCUCGGGAGCAGUCGAACUAGCGCCCGGAAGACGUGAUUUUCAAAGCUAAUUAUGAAAACAUUUGUCAUUGGAAUCAGUGGUGUGACAAAUGGUGGGAAGACAACACUGGCUAAGAAUUUGCAGAAACACCUUCCAAACUGCAGUGUCCUAUCUCAGGAUGAUUUUUUUAAGCCAGAGUCUGAGAUAGAGACAGAUGAAAAUGGAUUUCUGCAGUAUGAUGUGCUCGAAGCGCUUAACAUGGAGGAAAUGAUGUCCACCAUUUCCUGCUGGAUGGAAAACCCAACACGCUCUCUGGUAUCAACACAUGAGGAAAGCAUUGAGGAAAUUCCCAUCUUAAUUAUUGAAGGUUUCCUUCUCUUCCAUUAUAAGCCCCUUGACACUAUAUGGAAUAGAAGCUAUUUUCUGACAAUUCCGUAUGAAGAAUGUAAGCGGAGGAGGAGUACAAGGGUCUACAAGCCUCCAGACGCCCCAGGGUACUUUGAUGGCCACGUGUGGCCCAUGUACCUAAAGCACAAAAAGGAAAUGGAGAAUGUCUCAUGGGAAAUUGUUUAUCUAGAUGGAACAAAAUCUGAGGAAGACCUCUUUUCACAAGUAUAUGAAGAUCUAACACAAGAACUAGCAAAGCAAAAGGGUUAGUAUUGUCUAAUCAAAGUGGAUUGUGAAGGAGCAACCAGGUAUGCGAGUGACAGCAUAAAGUUGGAAUGGACUGAAACUUUCCUGGAGUGAAUUGGAAAAUUCAAAGGAAUCUGUUCAAGUGCCAUAACCAAGACACGUUGUGCACUUUGGUACAGUGACAGUCUGUUGUUUUGUUAGUUUGUUCUGUCACACAUGAUUUCCUUAACACAUGGAAUAGUAAGUGGCUAUCCAUGAUAAUGGACCUAAAUUUACCCUAAUGCUUUUCUCACACCAAGAAGUGCACAGAUACAGCAUAGCUCACAAAGACUGAGUCAUUUUCACUAGACCAGUGAUUUUCAAACUUUUAUGAAUGGGACCCAAAGUAAAACAUAAGAUGUGGAUCACAAUCCAGUAUAUAUGUAAUCUAUUGAUGUGUGUGUUUGUGUGGAUGAGUCUAUAUAUGUAUGCAAAUGUGUCUAUAUUUGUUGCAUGUAUCAUAUCAAGUAUCAUAUAACAUUUACCUCACAUACAGUAUGCUCUUUAUAUUUUUCUAUUUUUAAUUUUUAAAAAAUAUUUGUUACCAUCCCAUACCUGAUGCCCACCUCCUGCAAAUAAUGGGAUUACCAGGAGUAGCAAUCAUAUUGAAUAAAUCAACAGUUUUGCAACAGUA